AUGUAUUAUUCCGAGGAGCUUGGUCUUCGCAAGACCGACCCGUGCCGCUGGAGAUUGAGAACCGACGCGGUUGGAAAAGAGACGUGGCACUACGUGUCUGCGCAAGAAAGCAUUGAGGAGCCGCAAUCGUCCUAUGUUCAGUGGCUACUCAAUGUACCAGAUUUCCCCACCCCGUCUGGCCCUCGUGCCGAAACUGCUGGCGAGGCAGCCGAGAAAGGAGCGCAUUUCUUGAAGCUCUUGCAGUUGGACAACGGCAUAUUCCCUUGUCAAUACAAGGGACCAAUGUUUAUGACGAUUGGCUAUGUUGCUGCGAGUUACUUUUGUCAAAUGGAAAUACCAGAACCUUAUAGGAUCGAAUUGAUACGGUACAUUGUCAACACGGCCCACCCCGUUGACGGGGGCUGGGGCUUGCACUCGGUUGACAAGUCAACGUGUUUCGGCACGACAAUGAACUACAUCUGUCUUCGGUUGUUGGGCCUCCAUGCGGACCAUCCUGUUGUAGCCAAGGCGAGAAAAACGUUGCACAGGCUAGGUGGUGCCAUCAGGAACCCCCACUGGGGCAAGGCAUGGAUGGCUGUUUUGAAUCUCUACGAUUGGGAAGGCGUCAAUCCGGCCCCGCCGGAGUUGUGGACCUUGCCCUACAGCUUACCGAUACAUCCUGGUAGGUGGUGGGUCCAUACAAGGGCAAUAUACUUGCCCUUGGGAUACUUGCUGGCGAACAAGGUCAGCUGCAAAAUCGUUACUCCUCUACUACAGGAAUUGAGAAGCGAAAUCUACCUCCCCAGCCAGCUACCUUAUGAAUCGAUAAAUUUUGGAAAAAACAGGAACAACGUGUGCGGUGUUGACUUGUACUAUCCCCACACCAAGAUACUCGAUAUCGCAAAUUGCGUGUUGAGCCAGUGGGAAAAAGUGAGACCAAAUUGGUUAUUGCUGUGGGUCAACUCAAAGACAUAUGCAUUGAUUGAAAAGGAGUACAAGAAUACUGACUAUCUAUGUAUUGCUCCUGUCAGCUAUGCCAUGAACAUGGUUGUGACGUAUUACCAUGAAGGCCCCAAGUCCAAGAACUUUGCUGGACUACAACGGAGAAUGAAUGACAUUUUGUUUCACGGUCCGCAGGGAAUGACGGUGAUGGGCACCAACGGUGUGCAAGUGUGGGAUGCCGCUUUUAUGGUGCAGUAUUUUUUCAUGACGGGACUUGUUGACAAUCCGCAGUUUCAGGAGAUGAUUAGGAAGGCUUAUUUGUUCUUGGUGAGGUCGCAGUUUACGGAGGAAUGCGUGCCGGGGAGCUUUAGGGAUAGAAGAAAGGGUGCUUGGCCUUUCAGUACCAAGGACCAAGGCUACACGGUAAGUGACUGUACGGCCGAGGCAAUGAAAGCUAUAAUCAUGGUCAGAAACGACGCGAGGUUUGCCGACGUAAAAGAUGAGAUUCAAGACGAAAACCUCUACGACGCAGUUGAGGUUUUGAUGCAAAUCCAAAAUGUUGGCAGCUGGGAGUACGGGUCGUUUUCAACAUACGAAGGGAUAAAGUCAACCUUGUUGCUUGAAAAAUUGAAUCCUGCAGAAGUGUUCAACAACAUCAUGGUUGAAUACCCCUAUGUUGAAUGCACUGAUUCAUCGGUGCUCGGUCUCACCUACUUUCACAAGUACUACCCCGACUACAAACCGGACUUGGUGCAACAAACCAUCUCGAGUGCAAUCGAGUACAUCAUCAAUGUGCAGGACAAAACCGAUGGCUCUUGGUACGGUUGCUGGGGAAUAUGCUACACGUAUGCCUCGAUGUUUGCGUUGGAGGCGCUCAAUUCGAUCGGCUUGGACUAUUCAAACUCGGUUUCCGUCAAACGAGGAUGCGAUUUCCUUAUAUCGAAACAGUUGAAGGACGGAGGCUGGUCGGAGUCGAUGAAGUCUUGUGAGACGCACACCUAUGUCAACGGGGAAACGUCGCUUGUCGUGCAGACUGCGUGGGCUUUGAUUGGGUUGAUCUUGGCCGAUUAUCCCGAUAGAGAGCCGAUAAGAAAAGGUAUCGAUUUGUUGAUAUCUAGACAGUUGCCAAGUGGCGAGUGGAAGUUUGAAGAUGUGGAGGGAGUGUUUAAUCACAGUUGUGCGAUUGAGUAUCCGUCUUAUAGGUUCUUGUUUCCUAUAAAGGCCUUGGGCUUGUAUAGCAAAAAGUACGGUCAAUGA